CUUCCUCUUCAGAGUUGCUGCUCCUCACACACCCCUCCUCCUCAGAACUCUGCUUCCCAGAGCUCCUCCUCCAGUUCCUCCAGGGCUCCAGAAACCACUUGCUCUCCGCUGGGCUUCAGACCUGCUACUGUCAAGGCUGGGCUUGUGAGUCUGCCACUCUGCUGCAGAAGAGGAUGUACCUGAGUGUUUCUGUAAGGAGUUUCCAGUGAGCUUUAACUAAGGCAAAAAGAUCUACCUGGAUGUUGGUGGUACCACAGAUUGAAUAAAAGGGAGAAAGGAGGAAGCGAGCUGGGCAUCCGUAUUGAUCUCCUCCUGCUAUCUGAAGGGGCUGGAGUGAGGACCAAGAAGUGUUUCCAGACAGCAUAGGGGCAGGCAUGGGGCUGCUGACUGGGGCUGAGCUGUGGUCCGUGGCCAUAUUCUUGGUCAUCUUCCUGCUUCUGGUGGACCUAAUGCACCGGCGCCACCGCUGGACUGCCCGCUAUCCACCAGGCCCUACGCCAUUGCCUGUGCUUGGGAACCUGCUGCAGGUGGACUUCCAGAAUAUGCCAGCGGGCUUCCAAAAGCUGCGAUGCCGCUUUGGGGAUCUGUUCAGCCUACAGCUGGCCUUUGAGCCAGUGGUUGUCCUAAAUGGACUGACAGCCCUGCGUGAGGCACUGGUGAGACACAGCGAGGACACUGCUGACCGGCCACUACUGCAUAGCAGUGACCACGUGGGCUUUGGACCGCGUUCUCAAGGUGUGCUCCAAGCACAGUAUGGGUCUGCCUGGCGUCAGCAGAGGCGCUUCUCUGUGUCCACCUUUCGUCACUUUGGCCUGGGCAAGAAGUCACUGGAGCAGUGGGUGACCGAGGAGGCCAGAUGCCUCUGUGCUGCCUUCACCAACUAUAAUGGACACCCUUUCAGCCCUAACGCCCUAUUGGACAAAGCAGUGUGCAAUGUGAUUGCAUCCCUCCUCUACGCCUGCCGAUUUGAGUAUGAUGACCCACGCUUCAUCAGGCUUCUGAACUUGUUGAAGGAUACUAUUGACCAGGAAUCUGGCUUCCUGUCCAUGCUCUUGAAUGGGAUCCCAGUGCUCCUGAACAUCCCAGGGCUGCCUGACAAGGUCUUCUCUGGAAAAAAGGCCUUCAUGGCCCUGCAGGAUGAGCUGCUAACUGAGCACAAGAUGACCCGGGACCCUACCCAGCCACCCCGAGACCUGACUGAUGCCUUCCUGACAGAGGUGGAGAAGGCCAAGGGAAACCCUGAGAGCAGCUUCAAUGAUGAGAACCUGCGUAUGGUGGUGGCUGACCUGUUCACUGCAGGGAUGGUGACCUCUUCUAUCACGCUGUCCUGGGCCCUGCUGCUCAUGAUCCUGCACCCGGAUGUGCAGAGCCAUGUCCAACAGGAAAUUGAUGAAGUCAUAGGGCAGGCGCGGUGUCCAGAGAUGGCAGACCAGGCCCGCAUGCCCUACACCAAUGCUGUCAUUCAUGAGGUGCAGCGAUUUGGUGACAUCCUCCCACUUGGAGCACCUCACAAGACAUCUCGUGACAUUGAAUUGCAGGGCUUCCUUAUCCCUAAGGGGACGACCCUCAUCACCAACCUGUCCUCAGUGCUGAAGGAUGAGACUGUCUGGGAGAAGCCCCUCCACUUCCAUCCUGAGCACUUCCUGGAUGCCCAGGGCCACUUUGUGAAACAUGAGGCCUUCAUGCCAUUCUCAGCAGGCCGCCGAGCUUGCCUGGGGGAGCCCCUGGCCCGCAUGGAGCUCUUCCUCUUCUUCACCUGCCUCCUGCAGCGCUUUAGCUUCUCGGUGCCCAGCGGACAGCCCCGACCCAGCGACCAUGGGGUCUUCAGGGGUAUGACAGCCCCAUCCCCGUACCAGCUCUGUGCUUUUCCCCGCUAAGAGGAAGGACAAAAUCUCACUGCCCUGCUGAGGUCCUAAUGUGCAAUAAAUCAUUUUACUCUGAACUAAACCAUCCCCAUAGAUAUCCAGGCUGGGAUGGAAUCUCUGUAGGCUCCCCUGGACAUUCACAACUCCCUACUAUUACACCACCAUGUGACCCCAAUCCCCUGGACAUUCACAACUCCCUACUAUUACAUCACCAUGUGACCCCAAGGGAAGGGCUGGUCUGUUGAACCUCAGAGAAUGAUACCUUCCCAUUCCUUUCCCCCCCCCAACCCUCACUUUUCUCACCCAAAUUGACAAUAUUUGUACAUAGAUGCCAACACCUGGAAGCAGAGCCAAAAAGGACUGCUGAUAGGUGACAGUGUCAGUUACACAGAAGGGAAGGCAUAAUUCCUCCUAGAAGCCCCCAUUGCAGACCCCUUCCACCCGCCACACAGCUGAGGCUAACUGCUCAGUGAGCAUCAUCACAACUACUGCCUAACUUCCAUGAUAUUCUAGAGCUGCAGAGAAGUCAGGAAGGCUGGAAAUGAUACGCCAGGUUAAGUGCCCAAGGUUAGUCAUCAGGUACCAGCUGCUUCCUUAAAACACUUUAUGGGUGUCCAGUAUGGGUUACCUCCCAAGCUUCUUAGUCACCACUAUGACCCAUUAGGGUUACUGGUGUCCAGGCCCCUGCACAGUGAGAAGGUGAGACAAAGCUUGGUAGAACCAGCAAGCUCGGUGUUGUAACAGGCUCCCAGACCUUAGGAGAUCCCCAGACCUUAGCACAACCUUCUCCAGGAUGGAAUUACCAUUCCUGCCAUAAAACUCAGCACACCGACAGCACCUCUUGCCAUAAUGAAAGCAAACACCCAAGCCACUGAAGUUCAUAGUUCUGGGAAAGUCUCUAAAUGCACUAACCUUGCUUUUUGGCUUCUGUAGUUUUGCUUCUGGCUAACUCUUCUUGUUAACUGAUAUUUGUCAGUCCAGGAUAUGGGUUUUAUUUUCUUAAAAAAGAAAAAAAAAAGCUCACCUUUAGAAAAACUUAGGACUGCACUGGGAUCCUGAACACUCAGUGUAGUCACCAGCCGGCUACUAAAGCCUGUCUAUUAGCUUAGACCUGUGUCUGAGCCGUCUUCUGGUGGAUACCCCACGACAUUUCUAAAUGUUCCACCAAGAUCCCCAGCGACUAGACCUUGAGACACUGGGGGUCUCUGUCUGAUCCUCAGAGCAGGGAAGAGUGCAGACGUCAAGGAACUCCUAAGGGGUGCAGAAAAGGAAGACUUUCCGGGACCCUAUGACUCCCUUUGAUCAACCUCUGCCUAAAGUUUUGGAGGAGUCUCCUCCACUGCAAUAGGAAAACAAAUUCUAAUGUCACCUCGUCUGUUACCCGCAAUGGUAAGUCUGGGUAAGGAGCCUUCUGUUUAAAGUACAACAGGGCGCUGCUGAUCCAGCGUCUGGGAUCCAUGUGAGACAUCACCAGACUCCCCUGGUCUGCUCAGGUGUAUGAAUGUGUGGUGGCCACCCCUGGUUGUCUUUACUGUGUGUCUCUCUGUGCAUCUCUAUUUCUGUCAGUUCUGUUGACUGGAGAAACAUCUAAAUGGUAGGGUCCUGUCCCAGUAUCUCCGUGGUCCACAACUUCCUGCAGGCUCACAGGUAGCAUCUGCUGCUGUUGCUGUGGCAAUGCUGGCAGCAAUGGUGGCCAUGAGGCCCACCUCAAUCUAGGUUCCUGGCCUCCCCAAGCACAACAAGCUGCCCCCAUUCUUGUAUUGGUGGGGUCGAGCAUCAUGUGCUCCACUGCGGUUGAAACUUCAGCCCUAGUUAUGGGGAAUAAAAACUUUUUUAAAAACUCAAACUCGCCGGGCGAUGGUGGGGCACGC